CAAGGACUUCUUGUGGUUAUUAACAAUGCGUGGUUCAUCGAGUUGUCUGAAAUUAGUCAUGGUGGCCCUCAUGCACAGAUGAAAGAUGAUUCUUGAGGCCUUAACCAUAUACUAUUCAUGUGCUGAUUAUAUCGGUACUCGUCUACAGGUCUUCUUUCUCCUUCAAAAGGAUUGGAUAAGUUUGAGUUGGUCUUUAAGAAUUCAAGGAAAACAUUCAACUAUAUAUGCUCACUUGUAAAGGAAGAUAUGUCAGUUAAACUAGGCCACUUUUCCUUCUCAAAUGGCAAGCCUUUGUCUUUAGAUGACCAAGUAGCAGUUGGUCUCAGAAGACUUAGCUCUGGAGAGUCCCUUAUAUCAGUUGGAGAAUCAUUGGGUUUGCAUCACUCAAUAGUCUCACAGGUUACCUGGCGUUUUGUGGAGUCUAUGGAGAAGAGAGGACUUCACCACCUUCGGUGGCCUUCCUCUGAUGAAGAAAAGACAAAAAUAAAGACAAAGUUUGAGAAAAUCCGAGGAUUCCCGAACUGUUGUGGAGCGAUUGAUACUACCCAUAUCACAAUGUGUUUGCCUUUGGCGGAUCCUGCUAACAAAGUAUGGUUUGAUCACGAGAAGAACCACAUCAUGCUGUUGCAUGCAAUCGUGGAUCCCGAUAUGAGACUUCGAGAUAUAGUCACGGGUUGGCCUGGGAAAUUGAGUGAUUCCCUAGUGCUUAAAACCUCAAAUUUCUUUAAAGUAUGUGAGAAAGGGAACGGGUUAAAUGGUAAACCUGUAUUUCUUUCUGAAGAAUAUAGUAAAUCCAAAUUAGCUAAAUAUUGCGAAUCGAAAAUGGAUUAUCAUGCACUUAUAGUUGAGACAGCUUCUUAUGAAUUCUCAGUUCCUUCCAUCACUCGAAUACCCUCGUAUAAUCAAUUGCAAAUCAAGUAG